UCUUCCGCAUUGGUCGAUGACGUCACGUGAAAACGGCGACUCUUUCUCGUCUAACACUUGCGGUUCAAGAGAGUUUUUCGUUUAAGAUGCUCCCCGCCGCCACAAUUAGCGUCCUUUUGGUAGCAGCUUUUAUUCAUCCAAGCUACGCACUCUAUUUCCACAUAGGAGAGACGGAGAAAAAAUGCUUUAUCGAGGAAAUUCCAGACGAAACCAUGGUUAUCGGAAAGUACCGAACCCAGCUUUGGGACAAACAGACUAAUUCGUACCUCCCGUCCACACCGGGUCUUGGGAUGCAUGUUGAGAUCAAGGAUCCUGACACAAAGGUCAUCCUGUCUCGUCAGUAUGGGUCCGAUGGUCGGUUCACCUUCACAUCUCAUACUCCAGGAGAGCACAAGAUAUGUCUGCACUCCAACUCCACCAAAAUGGCACUGUUUGCUGGUGGGAAACUGAGAGUGCAUCUGGAUAUUCAGGUCGGAGAGCAUACCAAUAACUACCCUGAAAUUGCAGCCAAGGACAAACUGACCGAGUUGCAGCUGCGUGCCAGACAGCUUCUGGAUCAGGUGGAACAGAUCCAGAAGGAGCAAAAUUAUCAAAGGUAUCGAGAAGAGCGCUUCCGCAUGACUAGUGAGAGCACCAACCAACGGGUCCUGUGGUGGUCCAUUGCCCAGACGGUCAUCCUCAUCGUUACCGGCAUAUGGCAGAUGAAGCACCUUAAAAGCUUCUUCGAAGCUAAGAAACUGGUUUAGCCGGAUGCGUGAAGAAGAGCAGUAAUGGGGAGCAACAAACAAGAAACCUUUGGAGACAGACUUGAAUGACUGGAACGAAGACUUGUCGCGCAAGAAUCCGGACGGCGACUUUUUUUUUUUGUUGCAUAUCGGCCAUUAAUGAUGAAGGAAUGUGCGAAUUCUAAAAGGCAGUCCUCAAUAUUUUAUAACACCACAACAUCUGAGUUGCCUUUCUUCGUCUCUCUUUAUUUUUUUAUUUGCUUGACACCACUGGGUAUCUUUUGGUUCUGAAAAAAAAAGCAGGUUUUACGCUCUUUUUUUAGUGUUGUAAAUGUUUUCUUUGGGGUUUUGUAACCAGUAGAAAUGCUCCAAUUUCCCAGCAUGUAAUUUCCAUUUAGACUUGUGCAUACACACUCAACAAAUAAUUUCCAACCAGCUGGAAUGCAAGGAGGCAUUAAAAAGUUGUGUAGAUGUAUACUUAAGUGAGAGACAAAUGAGACACACCCACAUUCUUUAACAACUACUGGUACAUUUUUACUCAUUGAUGUGCAUAUCCUUAACAAUUUGUCUGACAACACAUUUACAUUAUUUUUUUUCAAAUGAUAGAUGUCACAAAGGGUUUCAGGUAUAUUUUUGCUUUCUAAAUUCUAAUGGUUGAUUAUACUGUGCUGGAAGUCAUUUAUGUGGUCGUUUGUAUAAACUCGCUGUUGUCAGCACAUUUUAGCUUGUUGGUAUCUGGAUUUUUGGGGGUGGUGGGUUUUUCUCCAUCUUAUUUAUUACUGUAUGGGAAUACCACAAAAUGUUAAAUUCAAUUUAUCUGUGCUAGGCCUUUGUUCGCGGGGGAACACUUGAUUAAAUCACAAGUGAAUGGACUCUUCCAUUUGAGGUUUUAAUUUUGAGUUACUGUUUACAGAUAAGUUUCGUUUUAAAAUGUCCAAUUCUUGAGAUGCACUGCAGUCAGCCAUAAGAUGUUAAAGCAUUGAAGUCAUGUGGAUGUCAUCUCCCAAAGCUUAAUAAAGACAUUUGGUCUAGAAAAUAAAA